AUGAGCGAAUACACUGAAGAGUAUUUGUCGAACAUGACGACAUCCCUGUGCACGGCAAUUCAAACGUCUACCGAGAACUUACCUAAAGAACUCCGCGAGAAAUUGCAGUCCUUCCCCCGGAACAUCCGCAAGAAGGUGGCGGCGACUACGAAGGACGGUUUCACAGCCCUAGCCAAGGCGUGUGUAGUUGGGAACGCUACAAUAGUGAAAUACCUGAAAAAGGUGUGCGAUGUCAACAUCGAACAGAAAAGCGCAGAUCCGCUCGGCUUGGACUCCCAGACGAACAGCUAUACCCCUCUGGGUUGGGCUUGUAAAUCCGGGCACUCGGAAGUCCUCAAAUAUCUCAUCCAUCUUGGUGCAGAUGUGGAUGGUCCAUCCGAUUGCGGUUCAACGCCAGUACUAAUUGCUUGUAUCCAGAAGGAUGACGAUAUGGUUCGGUAUUUGAUGAAGAAAGGGGCGGACCUUCGGAAACCAAACAACAACGGUGAGACCUGUUUCUUCACAUGGAUAAAAUGGUGUUUACUUGAAUUCAACAAAAGUAAACUGAAAACAGCCCUACUGCUGUUGGACCACGGAGCUGACCCAUUCGCAUCGUGUAACGGAGAUGAUGCUCUCCAGUUUGUGGUCAAAAAAGGAAAUCACAAGAUGGUGCUUUUUCUCAUUCACCAUGUCAGUUAUACACCAGAAAGGAUGGCUGAUGCGUUCGAGCUGCUUGGAGCAGCAAUAUACAUGAAGUUCGCCAAUCAAUCGUUGGCAGUUCGCUUCUGGCGCGAUGCUCUUGACAUUCGGAUGUUCGGGGACAAUUACAUUAUAAAACUGCCGGAGAAUCCACCGCAAGCCAUCUAUGGAAACGCCAAUGAAUUCAAUACCAAUGCUGAACUGGAUGAAAUAGCCGUUGAUCUCGAUGCAAUCGGUAUUCAGAGUUUGUUGAUCUACGAGAGAAUAUUGGGAAUCGACGAUAAAGAGACUGUGGUAAACAUGAUAUGUCUGGGCUAUUACUACCAGCAAACGAACCGGAAUCAAAUGUGUAUGGAUCUAUGGGUGCGGGUGCUGCAAAGACACGUUCAAAAAUACACCAUGUCGUGCUUCAAAACCUUGUAUAUCUUGCAGAGAAUAUUGGGAUUUAUGUUGGAUUCGGUACAUGCGAGAGAUACGAUUCCACCGCAAUUUGAAGAUGUUUGGACCGUAUUCAAGCUGCUCGCAUCGAGUGUCAUCAAGAAUCGGCAGCUAGUCAACACCAAAGAGCAGCAGAUAAACGUGGAUUGUAUGGUCCAUUACCUAGCGUAUCUAAUCGAUGUCCUGCUCUGUGUAGCUAAAAGCGGCGAAGAACGUGAGAUGAUCAAGAAAUUCGUUCGACCACUGGUCUCCAAGGAUGUCCGUUGCCCGAAAACCGGGCAAACACUGUUGCAUCUGUCCGUUCAGCCUGGAGGUCACAGGUAUGAUGUGAAAGGACCUGGCUUUAGGUGGGUUUUUCAAGCUGGAAGCGUGACGAAGCUCUUGCUAGAGUGCGGAGCCCAUAUAGAUUCACCGGACUCGACAGGCACCCGGCCGUCGGAGCUGCUCGUGAAAAAUCCACGCAACAACAUUCCCGUUUACAAUUUUAUCUCCCUCAAAUGCUUCUGCGCGAACACGAUCGUUAAGAAUGAAAUACCCUAUGCAGGUAUAGUGUCCCGCGUCAUGGAGGAUUUUGUCCGAAAACACGAAUGA